AGUAUCAAUAAAACAUCCCCCCAAAAAAAUAAUCGUCAAUGUGUCACUGAAAAAGCGACGGAGGGAGUACUGUAAUUUGUGUAUUGAAACCAAAUCAAAGAAGAUUUUCCAACUUCUUUUCUCUACUUUUUCAUUUGCUUUUGCUCGACUCUUGUCAUCGGCAGAAUCAAUAACCUGUAGAAAGCUUCUUUGCGGAGAUCCUUGUGCUCGGCUGACAAAAAUUGAAUCAUGGAACUUGCUUAUCGUUGCAAGAUGUUCUUGUUCAAUUAUUUCUACCAGUUUUCACAAUUACAGUGGAAUUUUGGCAAAUGUCAGCCAUUUGGAUGUAAUAUUUGAAGUUAUUGUUGCAAACUGACUAUUUUCAAGCAUGAUCAUGAUUGAUGCAGAUUGUGGCUUAACAUGGAGGGCUUGGGAGAUGCAAAUGAGAUAAAUGCUAGAUGUUUAUCAGCAAGUUUUCCCCAGCUGUGGAGUCAAUGGCAACUAUUAGAUUCUAUACUUCCCACUGGGGGAUUUGCUCAUUCUUUUGGUCUCGAGGCAGCUAUGCAAUCUCGUCUGGUCACUACAACCGAUGAUCUAAAAACCUACGUGAUCCAUGUGUUGGAGAAUGCAGGAAGCCUGCUUCUACCUUUCAUCUGUGCCACAACAAUAUCACCGGAUGCACAGACAUUGCGUAGGCUCGACAGAUUGUUGAACGCGAUGCUGACAAAUGAGGUCAGCCGGAAGGCGUCCACAGCUCAAGGAUCAGCGUUAAUGAGGGUAGCUGCUUCUGUUUUCUCUGAGAUCCCCUGCCUGAAAACAAUGAGAGGCGAAGCUCUGAGCAGUGGGGAGUUGUACUUCCACCAUGCCCCCGUGUUUGGGCUUGUAUGCGGACUUCUUGGAUUUGAUGCCGAGACUACACAGAAAGCGUACAUGUUUGUGACCAUGAGAGACAUCAUAUCUGCUGCGACGAGACUAAAUUUGGUCGGACCAUUGGGCGCUGCUGUGUUGCAACAUCAGGUUGCUCCGGUUGCUGAGAGCUUGUCGACCAAGUGGAUGAAUCGGAGCGUGGAUGAGGCGUGCCAGACGUGCCCGUUGCUUGAUACUGUGCAGGGCUGCCACAGCUACUUGUUUUCCAGACUGUUUUGCUCUUGAAUGGUGAAAAUGAAAGUGUGUUGGUAGGGUUACAUGACAACUUAUUAAUAUAUCUAUAAUAAUUAUGCAGAUGCUAAUGGAAAUUAUUUGCUCUAA